AUGCUUCUGCGGACUCUCCCUCGACUCUCCGCGCCUCGCUCCCAUGCUCGCCUGCUACAAGGCCGUGCGUCCAGCAUCUUCAGACGACAUGCAUCCAGCAAACAGGCAGCUCUCAAAGCCGCCAAACCCCCCUCAUCCACUCCGAACCCGCCCGCGCUCCGUUUAAAACCCGCCGCCCCUCCACCGCCUCGCAGCGACACCCGAUUCCGCAAAUUCAACUUUGACCUCUCCCAAUCCUCCGGCCCGGUAGAGCUCUUCAAAGCCCCCUCGCACCGCUCCUACAUAUUCAGCGCCUACUCCACCGCAUUCUUCUGCUGUCUCUUCUCCGGCUACAACUUCUGGGCCAUCUCCAUCGACCCCAUCAUCAAGCCCGACAGGUGGCAGGAGUAUACCUUUGGCGGCAUCUGCGUGGUCAUGUCCGCCAUGGGCGCCGUCUUCUUCCGGCGCGGCACCAAUCUGAUCGCGUCCAUCACGGCGGCGCGGUCGGAGGGCCAGACGCGCCUCUCGAUCAAGGUGCGGCGGAUCAUCCCGUUUCUGAAGCAGCGGGAGAUCAUCGCGACGCCGGAGCAGGUCUCGUUCUCGCGGAAGCUGGUGGUGCCGAAUCCGAAGAUGACGUCGGAGGAGAUGGCGGCGACGCAUCGGCGCUGGGAGGCGGAGCGUGUGGUUGCGGAGACGCCGUUUUUCAAGGCCCCGUUGAAGAAGGUGAAUCUUGGGUUUUGGAGGUUCUUUAGGAAUACAAGGAGGUUGUUUACGCAGGAGUACUUUGUGUACGUGACUAUUGCGGGGCAAAAGGCGGAAUUUAGAAUGGAUGGAAUGGGCACGUUUUCACCGCAGAUGUUUGAGUUGGAGAAAAGUGCCCGGGGAGGUGUUUGA